AUUAAUCUAUAACGUUCAUUUAAUACUGUCGGAGAUAUAAGUUAUAUCUCCGCAACUAUGUAUUCCUAGGUGAAUGAACACAUCUGUAACUUAUUACUAUACAGCCAAUAAUAUCAUAUGAUAUAUCCAUAGACACCCACGUGAUCACGCAUACCGUACUAAUUUCUAGUUUCCGGUUGCUCACUUGAUCUACCGUUAUCACAUCACACGACUUAUCUCAUCCGUUUUUUGACUUGAACGAUCAUGGACGGCGCUGGACCAUUUGGAAAUCCAAGAGCACAAGCACCUGCUGCUAUGCCAUUUAACCAAGGAUAUACUAAGGAUUGUUUACAAUGUAGAUUGACUGGUGCAGCUGUUUUCACGGGAGCAGGUUUAUUCUCGCUUUAUGAAGCAAGAAAACACGGCGCAUUCGACAGAAUAUCUGGUACCGGCAGAGGCGUAGAAGGUAGAGCAACUGUAGACGGUCUUGGUAGAGGUCUUGCCGGCAAAGGUGGCUUGAAAGGUACCGGAUUGGCAGUUUUUGGUAUCGGUAUGAUAUCUGCUGGUAUCUUCCGUCUCCUCGUAAAGACACCAAAUUGAAAGACAGACAAUGAUGACAAAAGAAACCAUGUACUUUUAAGAAUAACAACAUUUUUUUUCCAUACAUAAUAGUAAAUAAUCUAUAUUCAAAGGACCUAGUAUGCUUUUUCAUGAAUACUGACACUACGACCACUUGGGUCAGCUGAACAUCCCCAUUCACCUUUUGGAAUCCAUCUAACUGCUGUUUCAGCAGCCGUCUUCGAUGGGAAUAAGCUUUCAAACGUCUCUCUAAUCCAGUAUGCUUCCUUGGUGUCUGGUGUGUCGUGAGGGAAACGUUCCGCACGCUUUUCGAAUUUUUCAUCGGAUACUUGCUCAGCAGUGAAAUCCUUGAUACCAUCAAUCCAGGAAUAACCAACACCAUCACUAAACUGUUC